GUUUUAUUUUUUACAAGUGAUGUUUGCUAUUGACACUUGUAGUAGUGCCAAAAAAAUUAUCGAGUAUCGAGCAUUUAAUAUUUUUUGGCUUUGUACUUGUAUCGAGGUUGACCACUAUGACUUGUUCUCAUUUAUUUUUCCCGCAAUUAUGCAUUUUUAAAUUCGGCUCGCUGUUUUUGAAUAUGACCCGAACUGCCAGCAGGAGAUCUUGCCAUCUUCUCGGUGGUGUGCGGCGGCGAUCUUGUUAUCAACUACACCUCGUCUGCCUCAUUAUGCUCGCAUCCGUUUUUAUAUCCUGAUUGAAAACGUCCCCACACCAGAGUCAAGAUGGGGACUUUGCAACACAAACCUAGGAGUUUUGGGAGUCACGCAUGACAAGUUUUAGUCGGUAAGGUAGUGCAAGUUAGCAAGGAAAGCCGCACCACAAAUCGAUCUACUGAUCCUGUUUACAGCAUUACAAGUUCCCAAACACGAUUGAAAAUCCCUGUCAUGGGGUUGCGCAUCACAAAUGUUCCUGUCAUGGCAAAUCUGCAUGACAACUCUCGGGUUGGGGACGUUUUUACACAGGAUAUUUUACCACGCGAGUUCUUGUCACGACCAGGGUGCUUAUUAUUUGCAAAAACGUCCCCACCUCAGAAUUGUCAUGCAAAGUGGCAUGCCUAAAAUGUUUCUCAUGCGCAGGUAAGGCACAAAUGGUCCAGCCUCCCCUGUCCGGGCGGGGUUGCGGGUUAGGGGAGAGUCUCGCCCCUUAACCCAAAGGGGUACGCCGUCUCUUCCGUGAGAACAAAAACGUAUGGCGUAAAAUGGGUCGGGUCCUGGAUCGUUCUGUAUGUUCGGCUGUCGCGCUCGGCUAGGUGGCCGGGCUAUACUGAUCAGGUGUGGUGGGUAGCUCCCGACUGGUUGGCACUUUUCUUGGGGCGACUUGCCGUGGUAGCGCUCGGCUUUUGUAUGAUGAGGUUGCCGAAAGUGCUUCCUCGCCCACCCCCCGGGGAGGGGAUCCUUGACCUGUGGCGCUGGGAGCGGGUGUCCACUACAUGAUGAUGAUGAUGAUGAUGAUGAUGCGCAGCCACAUGAAACUUCCAGAUAGCAUUAAAUGGUGCUAUCUGGAAGUAUAAUGUGAUGGUGGAAUCACGAUGAGGUAGUCGAUUUGUGAUGCGUCUUCAAAACUACCUCAAACAGCACUACACUACGAGUCCAAAUUUGUCAAACGAAACAGCCAAAGCCUCCAGGUUUGUGUUGCAAAAUCCCCAGCUUGACUCUGGGGUGGGGACGUUUUUCCUCCGUAUAUUGCUGGCGUCAUCGCUACCACGCGCCGCCGACCCUAGGAACAGCUGCCUCGACCUGUUAUGGAUUGCAAAUAUACCUGGAUGUCUGGAAACUUGUAAUGCCGAAUGGUCAUGAUUGACUGUCACUGUGCCUGUAAGUGCAGUGCAGCAUGACAAAUGUUCUUUCGAACGCUUUCUCAUGCGCGGAACGCAUUACAUACUGCGUUUUUGCAUGACGAAAGUUGUGUGGUGCUUUAUUUGUUGCUUAUGCAAUACAGAUUUUUCAGAAAUGAGAAACAUGCAAAAAUAGGCCCAGAUCGAUAUUUGCAUUUGAUACCUGUCGGACAUGUGCGACGAACGCGUCGCACUUUCGAAGCGGUGCCAACUUCAGCCAGACACCUCGAGGAGGUCGACCACAGGAGCCGUUGAAGCGCAGCGUGGAAUUGCGCUUGCUACAACAAUAUGGAUUGCAAAAAUGUCUGGCUCUGGAAAGUUGGAACUUCUGAUGCUAACUUUGGACUCUAAAAAAAUCUGUAUUGCAUGAUCAGCAUGGAAAAGCCUAGUUUGUGCGACGCGGGGAGGGCAUUUGUCAUGCGGAAUAGGCAUCAGGAAGGGUUCUGAAAAUCUGUGACGGUAGGGCAUACAUCACAAACAAUCCUGGGUCAUGCAAGAUAUGCAUGACAAACCCGGCAACAUUCCAGACCCAGACACUUUUGCAUUUGAUAAAGACCGACCGGGAAAAAGUCUUUGCAGGACCACGACCUACCACAGCAAGACUUGUAUCCCGUGUGCCCCUCUCCCCGAGCGACGAAACAAGGGACGAGCCGGGAGAUGACGAAAAAGAAGCCUGCCGGUGCAGCUCCAAGUGAAGAUGGCGGCGCAGUCGGUGCAAGAGGCGGCAUACAGGAAGACGCUUCUGCGCGAAAGCUUUCUUUAGCUGAUUUAGAGGCCGGGGCGCUGUUGAAGGAAGAUGAAAGCCAAACCUCAGCGAGCAGUAAAAAUCGGCGAGAGAAAAUGAAGACGCCUGUGCUGUACAUCAACCUUGACCGCGAUCUUCAGCGCGGGCAGAGGAUGAACCAGACGCUCGGCAAGCUAUUUGAUUAUGUUGAGCGUGUGCCCGCACUCACGCUGACGUACUUGCGGCAGCAACUCGUGAAAAUGGACGACGCGGAAAAGUUUGCCGAUAUUCUAGCCGAUUUUAAUGACCGACUCAACUAUGGCGUCGAUCCAGCCAGGGCGCGAGCGGACCCGGGACGCAACGCGCGGGAGGGGGUUUCGCAGCCGCACCAGCGGUAUGUGGGCGCUGCGUUCGCGGCUAGCUUGCUGAAGAUCCUGGACGAUUCGGAAGACUUGCCGCGGCAAAAAGAAAGUCUGCGUAGUUUCGCCGUGAUAGCGAGCCAUCUGAAGGCCCUUCGCCGCGCGCGCGAGCUCUUCUCAAGCGGCGUUCCAGGAGGCCGGGGGGAUAUACAAGCCGCUUUGAUACUAGAAGACGACGUGAGUUUCGGGCUUUUGCCCUUCUGGGAGCAAGAUCUAGACCAGUUUGUGGCCUCCCUACCGCCCGACUGGGGCGUCGUUCAAGUGGGCCUAACGCUUGUAAAGGAUAACUACAAGACCGACGAUCCGGACCCCGCUGUCCCCGUGUUUCCGGACACGGUUGGCAGACAGGUACGCGGUGGAGAGCGAGAUGGGGACGCUGUUCUACAACUUGACGGCGCGGCGGUACAACUAAAGCCUCAACGGCAGGGAGGGCGGCCGAGCCAGGAGCUGCAGCCCGACCUCAAUAUGCGUGCAGGGGGAGGGGGACCACCAGCACCACACCCGAAAAAGAAGUACAUGCGGAAAACAAGAUAUUGGGGGGCCUUCGCGUACUUGGUCAGCAGGACCGGCGUGGAUCAGGUUCUAGAUCGAGACCUAGAACAACUCCGCUACGAGUGCCAGCCGCAUGCGCGCAUUGCGACCCUGGGAGUCGGCGGCUUCACGUCGGACGACUGUCUCCUGGCCUUCAAUCCGGUCGAGUACUGUCCCCUGCUCGGCAAAUUCUUGUCGCCGAUCAACUCGCCACUCACGUCACGGAACCACCCUGUGUGUCCCACCGACCUUGCGGAGUACCUGAGUCCGCGGUUUUCCCGUAGACGCGAGAACCACGAGCGCGAGCUGCGGCACGUCCUCAAGUCCUUGCUGGAGCACGGACUGGAAAACGCGUUUGAGCAAAUCCGGACCGCCCACAUUUAUCCUGAGUAAAAACGUACCCACACCAGACUUGUAAUGCAGAUUUGCAAAGAGAGGAAGACUUGUAAUGCGCAUUUCCAUAAGAGCCAUUUCCACUCGUGUUUUGGAAUUUGUGAUGCUGUGAACAGGAUGAGCAGAUGAAUCUGUGAUGCGGCUGCACUUGCUAACCUGCACUACACUGCAUAGUGCAACUUGUCAUGCGUGACUCGCAAAGCUCCUAGGUUUGUGUUGCAAAAUCCCCAUCCUGACUCUGGUGUGGAGACGUUUUUACAAAUGAUAGCACUCACCUAAACUUUAACUUGACCAACUACCACACCAACGGGAACCAGUUUCCGCCGCACGUGAUCCCCCGCAUGGCCUUGGUGCACCAGGUGAAACACUACGAGGAAGCGAAAACAAGCAGGGGCGAGAUGAAUAAAGGUGUUCUUACACGAGCGGCCGCAGUCCCAGGGGAUGGUACUGGUCGUGAACAACAACAACAGCAUAUUGAGCGGAAAAAUCUCCCUUCCCCAUGUUGAAAGCGCAUCCGUUUGAGAAUUUGUGAUGCAGAUUUCUGACCACAAAUCGCGUCUGUCUUGCAAGAAGGCAAGUUCAGGCUGUCCGCCACGUUAUGCAGGCGAUUUGUAAUGCUGUAAGGCCUACACGGGCCCAGCCGUCUACCAUGCUAGGCGCGUGCACCAAAAGGCCCCUCCCUAGGCUUGCAAUCUGCGUUGAGUGCUCUACUGCAGCACAGAUUUGAUUUGGGUAUUCAGAUACAGCAUCACCAGUUUCGCUUUCGAUACGGGGAGGGGGCUUUUUUCACUUUGAUAGAAUGUGGUCCUCACGUCGACCUGCAUACUGAGACGAAAAAUCCCCCCUCCCCAUAUCGAAAACGUAUGCUUCCGAAAAUUUGUGAUGCAGAUUUGUGACCACAAAUCCUGUCUGGCUUGCGAGAAGGCAAAUCCAGGCUCUCUGCCACUCUAUGCGGGCGAUUUGUAAUGCCGUAAGGACUACAGGACACCAGCCGUCUACCAUGCUAGGCGCCUACACCAAAAGGCCCCGAACUAGGUUGGCGACCUGCGUGCAGUCCUCUACGGCAAGACAAAUCUGAUUUGUCUACGCAAAUCCAGCGCCACAGAUUCCCUUUGCGAUAUGGGGCGGGGGGAUUUUUCCUUUUGAUACUGCAACGACGGCCACCUCACGUCAUCCAGCUCGAGGGAAGCAGCGGGACCGGAAGUAUGAUAGAAGAUUUCUAUCAAAUGCAAAAAUGUCUGGGUCUGGAAGAGUCAUGCUAUUUUUGCAUGACACAGAAGGUCUGGCAUGGAAGCUCUAGCAUCACAGGUUUCGAGAAGCUUUCGCCAUGUUAAAUCCGCAUGACAAGUCCCCCAGUUUGGUGACAGAAAGUGGGCAGCUUUUGCUAUCUAUGCAUGACAGAUUUUUCUGUCUUCUGAAAUGCGCAUCACAAGGUACAUCCUUCCAGAUCCAGACAUUUUUGCAAUGCAUAAUUUCCGGGCGGCGGCAACUUGGUACGCCACCCCGCCGUUCAUCACUCUGAAUGCGGAGGAGCCGUCCACCGUCGGCCACACGCAAAGCUUUUUGAAUGAUACAAUAUGUGCGGCGGUCCUGGAGCAGUAUGAAGCGCAUCGGCGGUGCGACCUGGUGGUAUAG